AUGACAUCUGAACCUGACAUUGAGCUUGCCUCAUUGGCCCAUCGACAAAGCAAUGAAUCACUAUUCACCAUCAGAUGUCUCUCAUCUACAUCCUCCGCCACUGCCACUCCCAUUUCCUCAAACAAACGGCACCAGGCUGACUGGGGAGUCCUAUCAAUAGCCGGUACCGAUUCCGUUUAUGUACUUGACGCUGAAACGGAUUUAGAGCCGCUUUUGAAGGUUUUGACCUGGUGCAAUGCCCCAGUAGAAGUUGUUUUCAAAAUCGUGACCUUGCGUUGGAAUGGUCUUGGGACCGUCUUGGAAGAAUGUCUGUAUCGCUUGCAAGCAGCUUCCAUAAUUUUCGGGAUCCCUUGCAACCGGACCGCAAUGCCACUGACAAAUUGGGACCUUGCACGCUAUUUUAAGAUAUGCCAACCAAAAUUAGGAAUUUCCGACAAGCACUUUAUCAUACGUAAAGAGCAGCGACCACCGUGGCCCGCGUCCAUCUUAGUCCCGUCACAGAUGGGGCAGAUUGUGAAAGUCAUAGUUACCGCCAGUCUGGGGCAGGGGCCCAUCUGUGUCUCCGGGCGCGCAACCGCGGUUCAUGAAGCGGGGUUUGAACUUCUCAAGUUCAUGCUAAACUUGAACAAUCCCCGACUCCUACUGAUCGCGAUCAAGUCUUACAUCGUGCCCAUUCUUGAACCCUACCUACGUCUCCCAGCUGCUGGCUCCAACGCUCGUGAUCAGCUAGCUAAUGGUUCUGAUCACGAUUCACAUACUUUUAAAAACUUGCUACUGGAGCAAACCACACUCGCAUUGUUGGAGUUUGGUGACGACCGAAGGGAGCUUUGGUUGACAGAAUUCACGUCGAUCAAUUAUGCUUCCCAAGGAUAUACCCGUUGUCUUAUCACUGCCGCUGGGGAGACAUCAUAUCUCGGUUUCGAAAUUGCCUUCCCGACCAGACGUGGUCGUCUGACGAGUUCGAAUGACUCUGGGGCACUCGACGUGGGCACAAAACAAACUACGGCAACUCCAGCAAUCAUUUCAUUUGAUCACCCCACUAUCGAGGGACGCUCUAUCAAUCUUAGACCUUGUCAUGUCGUACUUCAUGUGCGAGCCGUUCUUAAUAAUGAGCAUACGCUCAUUGGCUGGAGUUUUGCCAGACAUGGCCAACUAGGAGACACGAAGAUCGUGAACUGUGACCGCCCUCAUAUCGCCCUCCAACACACCGUCGUCUGCCACCAAUCAGGGCGGACAACAGCCUUUGGAUCUAACAACUUGAAGAAGGACAACUUCAUAGGAUGGAUUCUUGAGGGCAUAUUCGAUAGAGACAACGAUGAAAAUACCCUUCUAUCGACGGGAAGUAAUGCCCAUGGUCAACUAGGUCGGCAGUCGCAAGUCGGGGAGAACGGGGUCAUUGUCGAUCCUGUCGAAUUUACCUUAUCCCACGAUGGCAAAUUGCCUUCACUGAGAUCCUUUGCUUGUGGUAGCGAACGUGUGAUGGCAGCGAUCUCUCCCUCUGACUCGUCGGACAUAGAAAUUCGGGAGUGGGGGUGGAACGAGCACGAUAACAUGAGGCUGGACCAUACAGAUGGUGCGCCAAAGCCCAUCAAGAUCUGGCCAGGAGGAGGACACGCGUUGAACGGAAGAAUUGCUUGA